UGGGUGUCUGUCAUCGUCAUGUUGGGCAAUUUCAUCCCCAAGGCGAAAGCCUUUACUCGUAUCGCACAGAAACCGCCCUCGUCGCAUGUGCGGAAUGUCAGUCAGAGCGAUGAGUCGGUGGUGGAAAAUGGCCACAACCAUCGAAUGUGGAUUCCUGCGAUGCUGCACUCGAUGACCUUGGCUGCAUUUGCCGUCCUGUUUAUCAUUUUCAUCAUCGUGAUCGAGGUACUCUAUUCAGUGUCAUGUCGGAAGGAGGGCCUGAGCACGAGUCAGGAAAAGUUCCAUUACCUGUGGACCUAUGGCCCAACUGCAGGUAGGUUCCCACCAAGCAGUGAGACGCGUGCUGACUUGCAGUCCUCACCAUCGUCGCCGGAUUCUGGGGUCAGGUCGAGUAUCGAACGAAACAGCUCGCGCCAUGGAAGUCGAUGAACCAACAACCAAAACCCGCAUCGCAGUCUUUGUUGCUGGAUUAUGUGUCCGACUGGAACGUGGUGGUCAUGUUUCGCGCCUUGAAGCACAGCUGGGCUGUUCCUCUUGCUAUCAUAGGCACUCUGCUCAUCAAGCUAGUCACGGUGGUCUCGACCGGUCUCUUCAUGCUGCAAAGCGUCUACAUGGACCACGUUCCAACAACCCUCCACACCCAAGCAAGCUUCAAUGCUGCUACAUUUAAUGGUACCAUGGUUGAUGGCACCGCUGCAAUGGUUGUAGCUGGAGCGUGGUGGCUCGACCUGCCAUAUCCGGUGGGAUCGACCGACCAGUACGCCUUCCAACCGUUCACCACCAAAUCAAAACUCGGUAGCGAGGCAGUCAUUUCAGGGACUGUAUCGAUGUUCUCUGCCGAUCUGCAAUGUGAUGUAGGCACGGUUACAAACUGGACCCAGGGGUGCACAUCUCACGGCUGCGAGCAACUUAGACUCAACAUGACCAUCAGCACGCCCUCCUGCUCCAAUUAUCCGCUGGCUAGUUUCUUGAGGAGCACUUCCUCUGUUGGAGGCUAUUACGCCGACGUCUUUUCAGCCACCUGCGCAGAUAGUGCCUCUGACCAGGAAUUGAUCUUUGCUGCCGCUCACUGGUCGGAAAAUAUUACGGAAAUCCAAACCCUCGUCUGCAGCCCCACAUACAAUAUCACCGAAGGGUCAGUCUCACUACUCCAUGGCAACCAGAGUGUGGUUAGCAUCCACUCCAAUACUGCAAGCAAUGGUACCAUCUCAGGUCUCCGCCCAGCGGAGCUAGGAACUGGACUGGUGUCGACCCUGGCCAGUGCCGAGGACCCCCUAGAUACACUCAACUAUGUGGAUUUAUCGACGGGCAGACUACACAAGUUCCAGUACAACUUUUCGGACCCCAACAGUACCUACCCUAGCGCAUUCUACCUGGUCGCAAAUCUAUCCUCGCCACAUGAGCUGAGUGACCUACUGGAUGUCUCGGUCUUGGAAAAGGUUACCCGUCCUACGUUUACUGCCAUGGCCGCACAAAUCGCGCGGCAGUAUUUGUUAUCUUCUGCCGACGCAGAGUUCAAAGGAACCUAUUCCGCCCAUAUACAGCGGGUGAUCGUCAGAGAACUCUCUGUCCGAAUCAUGGAGGCUACCCUGGCCGUACUGGUUGUCCUGACGGCAGCGCUUUGGGCCGUGAGGCCCGUACGCAGCACGCCUCGCGAUCCUGGCACCAUUGCCGGUCUAGCAAGCAUUCUGAGUCGGAGCCCUGGUGUCUCACGCCGGCUUGCAGGGUGCAAAAACGCCAAAGACAUAACCACCGAGCUGGCAGACGGAACAUACUACACCCGUGUGACCGACAAUGAUGGCUGGACCUUUAGUAUCGAAGAGGAACAGAAAUCCGAGGGUACUCGUACUCGUAUCAGCUCCAGCCCGAUCACUUGGUGGCAACCAAUGUCGGUGUCUCUCUGGUGGUGGAUUAUCUCUAUCUUCUUCCCCCUUCUGAUUAUCGCAGGCCUGGAAGUCGCUUAUCAGAUGUCCGCUCAGCGGAACGGCCUCGGAACGGUGGACUCGAGCGGCUAUAUUCGGUACACCUGGGUUUACCUGCCAGCGCUGGUGAUGCUCAUUGUGCGGAUCUUCUUUGACUGCAUCCAUUUCUCCGCCAUGGUGUUUCAACCGUACCUGGAACUACGACGGGGUGGUGUCACUGCACCGGGCAGCCUGAUGGAGAACCACCUGUCGAAGCUGACCCUCUUCACAUUCAUCACUGCCAUCACGCGCAAGCAAUGGGCCGUUUGCGCCUCGGCAUUCACGGUCCUCCUCGCCCCGGUGCUCACCGUGGCAGUCAGUGGAUUGUACUCCACCCAGGACGUAGUCUACACGCGCCCGGCAUCCAUCGCACGGACCGACACCUUCAACUAUAGCAUCACGCCUCAUUCCUCCACCGAUAGCGAUCCCGGUCUGGGAUUGACUGGGGCCUUAGUAGUGGCCGCCAACCUGUCCUAUCCUGCCUGGACCUACGACGAGCUCGUCAUCCCGACCCUCAGCGAGGACUCUCUGACCGACAAGAAGGGCAAAGUCCCGGCCCAAUCGUACUCCAAUGAGACCAGCGACGACCCGACACUUCUCGAGCUGAGCCUUCCGGCCCUGCGUGCCAAUCUAACCUGCGAGACCCUCCCGUCGGACGUUGUCUAUUCCAUUGAUCCCCCAGAAGAGGACUACUCUGCCUGGUCCAUCAACAUGCAGCUCGACGAAAAAUGCCAGGCCGGGGCCUCCUCUACCUCCUUCACGGUUGAAACCGACUAUCCCAAUCAGAACCACACGGUCUUUGGCAGCCUAAUCUACCUCGACACCGCCGCCUUUGGCGAGUGCCCCACUCUAAUGGGCUUCUACGGCAAGUUCAACGGCAACUCGACCAGCGACCUCCGCGGCUUCACCUGCGACCCGCAAAUCGACCAAGUCAACGCCACCGGCACCUUCACUCUCCCGGGCCUCCAGAUCCAAUCCGUCACCGCCGACUCGACUGGCCAGCUCUUCACCACCAACAUCACCUCCGACCUCUAUUUCACCGACUACCUCCCUCAAGCCGUCAACCAAAACAAUCAAGCCUUUGACGCCUUCUUUUCCGCCAUGAUCAACGAUCAAAAAACCCUCACCCUCGACGACAUCACCGACCUCUCCCACUACCCGACGGUCAUCAACGCCGUCCAACACCUCUACCGCGUGCUCAUGGCCCAAAGCAUCAACGGCAACUCACGCAUCCCCUCCACCACCAACUCCACCCGCUACCCGGCCACCAUCAUCGACCCCAACCGCGUCCGUCUCAUCCAAAGCGCCAUCUCCACCCGCAUCCUCGAAGCCUGUCUCGCCGCUAUGGUUAUUUCCAGCCUCAUCGCAUACUGCUUCAUGCACACCAAGGAAGUCAUCCCGGUCAACCCGUGCAGCAUUGCCGGGGCGGCCACCUUACUCGCAGGAUCCGACCUGCUCAAAAGCGAUAUCCUUCCUCCAGGCUCGGAAUGGCAUAGUGACAAAGACCUCCUCCGACGGGGCUACUUUAACGGUCUCAUGUUCGGCCUGGGGUGGUGGGAGGGACCGCGCUUCGGGAUCGAUAUCGGCAAACCGGGACCGUAUCGCGAUUAGCCCGUUCCUUUAUUCUAUAGCGUCUAUAUCUUGUUCUGAUGAAUUAACAUCAUGUAUACAUACAGUAACCAUAUGCGUCCAAC